AUGAUCUUUACCUCUAAAUUCGCAGAUAUAACAAUUCCUCAACUCGGGAUUUAUCAAUACGUGACGAGUAAUCCAAAUAAUAUUCCGGAUGAUAAAGUUGUCUAUGUUGAUGGAGUUACUAAUAAAAGUUAUACGUUUGGCGAAUUUAAAUGUGAAUCGGCGAAAUUUGCCGCAGGAUUGCAAGAUAAGAUUGGAUUCAAACGUGGGGAUGUUUUAGCAAUAUUUUCGCCUAAUCAGGUUGAUUAUCCAAUUGUACUCUUGGGAACGAUCGCGGCUGGUGGCAAAGUAACGACGGCUAAUCCAAAAUAUAGAGCAAAAGAAUUAGAAUAUCAAUUAAUUAAUUCUGGUGCAUCAGUUCUAAUCGUACAUCCUGAAUUUCUUGAAUCAGCCCUUGAAGCUUCAAACAAUGCAAAAAUACCUACCUCCAGAAUAUUUUUGUUUGGUGAUAAAGAAAUAAAGGGACUAAAACCUUAUCGCUCUAUUUUACUUGGUGAUCGCGAAAUAGUUCCGGUCUCUUAUACUUCCGAAGAAGUAGAAUCAACAACUGCUUAUAUUCCUUACAGUUCAGGAACUACCGGAAAGCAAAAAGGUGUAGAGCUUACUCAUAAGAAUAUGGUUGCUAAUUUGGCACAGUUGGCUAAUUUGAGAUGUAAACUUGGUCCAGACAGCGUUAUUAUGGGAGUUUUACCAUUUUUUCAUAUUUAUUCAUUGACUGUUGUACUUCAUGCGACCUUGAUUCAUGGAGCUACUGCGGUCAUUCUUUCGAGCUUCAAUGUUAAUACAUUUUGCGAAUCAAUUCAAAAUCAUAAAGUUAGCUAUAUAUAUGCUGUCCCACCAAUUAUACUUAGACUUCUUAAUGAUCCAUUGGCCAAAAAUUAUGAUCUAUCAAGUGUGGAUCUUAUCGUAAGUGCGGCUGCUCCGUUAGGAGAUAAUUUGGAAAAGAAAUUUUUUGAAAUAUUUAAAAUACCGAUUAUGCAAGCUUAUGGUCUUACUGAAACAUCUCCGAUAGUACAUUAUUCAGAUUCAUCGAAUAUAAUUGCCGGUUCCAUUGGGCGUCUCCUCCCAAACGUAAAAGCUAAAAUAUUAUCAGACGACGGUCAUGGUAACUAUUUAUUUUCUUUUCCUUAUUUAAUUCAGAUAAAAUUAAUCGUUUUAUAUUUAGAAUUGGGAUAUAAUGAUUCUGGAACAUUACAUGUCCAUGGUCCAAACAUUAUGAAGGGUUAUCUUAAAAAUAAAGAAGCUACAGAUGCUGUCUUUGACAAUGAUGGAUUUUUUAACACUGGAGAUAUAGCAUCUGUUGACGAGCAAGGGAACUUUUAUAUUGUUGACCGAGAAAAAGAGUUGAUCAAAUAUAAUGGAUUUCAGGUGGCUCCUGCUGAACUGGAAUCAGUUUUACUCACACAUGAGGUAAUAUCUGAUGCAGCAGUUAUUGGAUAUUACUCCGAAAAAGAUGCUACUGAAAUUCCUGUAGCUUAUGUUACUAUAAAAGACGGACAUGAACAAUCCCAGACCUUAGCGAAAGAUAUUCAAUCUUUCGUGGAGAAUAAUGUUGCGCCACAUAAAAAAUUAAGAGGUGGCAUAUUAUUUAUUGAUAAAAUUCCAAAAAGUGAUUCGGGUAAAAUUUUGAGAAGAUUAUUAAGGGAGAGAGUUGUUAACGACUUG